AUGGAGACCGUUGGAGAUGAAGAAAAUACCAUUGGCCACGAGGAGAACGCAAUUGGAUUGCGUGACUCAGAGUCACAACAGCAUGUAGAGGUUCAUCAGGAGACAGCUGAGGUCAGAGAUAAACCUGAGGACAUUGAAUUGGACUCUGGGACUUCUAAGCGAACCUACGACGAGGUAGCACCGAGUGGAACGGAUUCGGAGAUUAAAAAGCAAAGACAAGUGGUGGAAGCUGUGGAAGCGCAGGAGCCAACUGCGCAAACUCAAGAGAAUAAUCUUGUAGUUGAAGCAAGCAGAGACACUCUAGAAAUUCAAGAGAAGAGUGAAGAUACAAAGGCCAUUACUGAAGACGAAAAAGAAGAAGGGAGCAAGCAAGGUAAUGAAGAUCAUUUAAAAGGACAAGGUAAUGAAGAUCCAUUUGAAGCACAAACCAAUAAUGAAGGAACCACAAAUGAACCUAAACUGAUAAGUACUACUAUUGCCGAAGAUUUAGAUAGAACUACACGAGAGAACACAGAUCCUGCACUUUUCAGUAAACCCGAAGAAGCUCGCGCUGCUGCUUCUCCUCCUCCUACAGAAACAAACACAGAUUUGAGAAUGAUUGUAUCUCAAUUAACAGAAGCUGUUGAGGAAAUAGCAUCUGAUGAAAGUGAUAACGAUGCAAAGAAAGGUAAAAUGGUUGUACUUGAUGGACUUGAAGUACCUGCUGAUUCAGAGUUGUUAAACACAAGUAAGGCAUUUGCUGCUUAUAGUUCAUUUUCCAAUCAUUUACCUUCAAUUCCAACUGUUGCUGGUGUCGUAUCGGGUGUUCAUCUUGCUGCUUUACCAUUACCAAUAGUUUGCCCCGAUUAUUUACCUCCCAGAAUCCAACUUUUAGUGAAUACAUUGCCAACACUCGACAAUUUGGCUACUCAAUUAUUACGAAUUGUUGUUGUUGGACCAUAUCAAAAGAUUAUUGAGUUGGCUUCGAAUCAAGACACUCCUGCUGGAGCAACAUUCCGAGAUUUGAUGUCGAUGUUCGAAAUAACAAAGAAGCUAUAUGCUGAAGAGGACCCUUUUUUAACAGUAGAACAUGUUGCACCAGGAAUGUGGAAGGAAGGUGAUCCGACCCCCAAAAUCUUUAGAUCCAGAGAGCAGAGUAUUGAAUCUACAUUAAGAAAGGUGAACUUGGCAACAUUUCUUAUGGCAACAUUAGGAGCAACAGAAGUGGGGUUUUUUUAUCUUAAUGAAUCGUUUUUAAAUAUCUUUUGUCCCUUUAAUAGUUUGGAUCCAGGUAAUGCAUUUGCCAAUGUGGAUUUGGAUUUAAAUCUUCAAAGUGGUGUGAACACCAUUAUAGGUGAUAAAGUGGGGAAGAUGUAUAGACCUCAGGCCACGUUGUUUUUAGAGUUGAAGACUCAAGCUUAUAUCUCAGCUAUUGAAGCCGGUGAAAGAUCAAGUGAGGAGAUUUUGGAAGAGAUCUUCCCAUCGAAUUUAGAAGAAUACUUAAUCUAUCGUCGAGGUGUCACUCAUCUUUCACUGGUUGAAGAAGAUUUUAUCUCCAGAUGUCACACCAGACGACAAUUAUUAUUAUCAUUCCCUAGUGAAAGAAACCUAAGUGAAGAAUACGACUGGUUCGCCUUCCUUAAGGAAUUGUUUAAUUAUGUUUCCAAGAAUAUGGGCUUUAUCAUUUUGGGUAAAGGUGGGAAGAACUUGAAGUUAAGAACUUCACUUACUGCUCAAAGUCAGAAAUUAUUAAAUUCAGUUGAAGGCACAACUGCUAAAGAAAAGUUGGAAUAUCUUCAGAAACACAAUGCAUUUGCUCCUGCUUCUUCGUCUUCCAUAUCGUUGUCUGCUUUGGAUAAGUCAAGAAAACGACGUAAAACAGAUAAUGAUGACAGCAGUGGUGAUAUUGAGAUCUCAGAUAAGAACAACAAUAGUAGCAAUAAUAAUAAUAAUGAACCUUCAAAUGAUGGUGAUAACGAACGGAACGCUGUUACGGAUAAGUAUCAGAACUCAGGAACGGAAUUCAAUGAUAAAGAUGUUAAUGAUAUCACCAAGUCAUUACUACCAUCUGAAAUUAAAGAACGACAAUUGCAUGUGAGAAUAAACCCGGGUAUUACAAAGACUUAUUCCCGACAGUUAUGGACCCGAGAAGAAGAAAAAGCACUACGUGAUGCUUUAGAAUUGAAAGGUCCAGCUUGGUCAGCUAUUUUGGAAUUAUUUGGUAAGGGGGGUAAGAUCAAUGAAUCGUUAAAGAAUAGGAAUCAGGUCCAAUUAAAAGAUAAAGCAAGAAAUAUGAAGGUAUUCUUUUUGAAGAACAUGCUACCAGUUCCAGAGUAUUUACAGAAUGUUACUGGAGGAUUAGAUAGAGAAGAUAAAGGCAAGAGAAGUACAAGAAUUAAAGGUACUUCCAAAACAGCUGCUGCUCCAGUACCUAAUCUUACUCAUAAUGAACAGCUUUAG